CGAGCGGUAAGACUUGACGCAACUCAUCGGAGGACCUUUCCCUAUUGUUCUCCGCAUUUUCUGGGGUCGAUUUGUUGCUAUCUUAGCGAGGGAUUGAUUUAAACUAAGUCGGCAGCUAUCAUUCAUAUUCCCUAACAAUCGAGAUAUGUUCCAACUCAAAACUCCUCAGCUCCGUGAAUUCGACUGAAUAUCAUCAUUACUCCUUCUGCAACUACCAGAUCACUUCAUCAUGCCCUCCAGCACCAUUGCUUCCAAGUCAAGACCUCUUCCAGCGGGGGUCUACACGCCAGUCGUAACGAUCUACAAAGCCGGUGACCCGUUACAGCCCGUCGACCAUGCCGCCAUGUACAGGCAGUGUCAGGUUCUGAUCAAAGCCGGCAUGCACGGUCUUGUCUAUCUGGGAACUAACGGCGAACUCUGCCUUCUCACCUCGGCCGAACGUAAAGCCAUAAUCGAAACUGCGGCUCAGUCCGCCAAAGACCUUGGACAACCAGAUUAUCCGAUUGUCGCAGGUAUCUCUGCCCAGUCAACACUGGAAACCAUUCUCAACGCCAAGGAGGUCGCUACUGCUGGCGCGAAAUUUGCUCUUCUGUUGCCACCCAGCUACUGGGCCAAAGCACUUUCCAAUGAUGCGAUUUUGGGUUACUUCCGUGACGUUGCCGACAACUCGCCCAUUCCGAUAGUCAUCUACAAUUUCCCUGCAGUGACUUCUGGUGUGGAUCUUGAUUCAGAUCAGCUGGCCGCUCUGGCGUCACACCCCAAUAUCGUGGCUGUGAAGUUGACUUGCGGCAACGUUGGAAAGGUAGUUCGCCUGACGAGCAAGUUCACGCACGAGCAGUUCGGUGUGUUCGGAGGUAGUAGUGAUUACCUCCUCCCAACACUAUAUGCUGGAGGAAGCGGCUGUGUGACAGGGAUGGGCAACAUCUUUCCCAGUUCCACAUCAGCUGUGUACGAUUUGUGGAAGGCUGGGAGAACGGAAGUGGCUUCCAAACUCCAGGGAGAUGUGGCCAAUGCAGAAUGGGCAUGCAAGAAAGGUAUAGCGGUUACGAAGUACGGCGCCUGGUACUUUCUUGGUCGUGAUAUUGGGCUUACUGAUGAGUCCUCUUGGGAAAUGAGGCGUCCAUAUCUGCCUUUGAGCGAUGCAAUGAAGAAAUGGGCUUUAGAAACUUUGGGAGUGCUUGAAACUGCGGAGAAGCAAAAGUCGUGGAUAGAAUAGCCCGAGUAUCGAAACCGGUGGAAUAGUGUGCAAAACCUCG